GUUAGCUUCUGUAAUUUCUCGGCCUUUGUACCGCCGCAUCGUUACACAACACAUUAUUUUUUUGAGCUACCGGAGCAGCCGUUGGUCGCCGCCAAUCGUUCGCUGAACGCGGCGGGACGUCACGUCGCUGGUGUCGGCUCCAGAGGCGGUGCUGGCUGGGAGUGUCUGAGGAGUGACCGCUCCGAUAAGACCGCCCUGCCCACUAAAUAACUAUAUCACAAUACAGCAGCAUGCCAUAGCAGUUAGCUUCCUGUGUGUAGCUUUAGCCCGCAGCACGACGUCAGUACCGAGGAGCUGACAGCAGAGACUCGAUCAUGUGGCUGCCUUUGGUUGGGAUGACGGCCCUGCCACACCUGGGUGGGUUCUAUGGUGGCUACAUCACACGCACGCAAGUGAAGACCUGGUACCCAACCCUGCAGAAACCAUCAUGGCGUCCACCGAAUGGAGCGUUCCCUAUAGUGUGGACGUGUCUGUACACAGGAAUGGGGUAUGGCUCCUACCUGAUAUGGAAAGAGCUUGGAGGUUUCACUGAGGAUGCUGUGGUUCCACUGGGGCUUUAUGGGCUGCAGCUCGCUCUGAACUGGGCCUGGACUCCUCUUUUCUUUGGUGCACACAAGCUGAAAUGGGCGCUGAUUGAGAUUGUGCUUCUCACUGGGACUGUGGGAGCCACCAUGGUGUCCUGGUAUCCCAUCAGCCGCACAGCCACUUGGCUGCUGGCACCUUAUCUGUCCUGGCUGUGCCUCGCCUGCAGUCUGAACUACUGCAUAUGGAGAGACAACCCUGAGAAGAAGGAAGAGUAGGGGACAAGUCUGUGAAGAAACUACUUAAAUUCUGAAUCAUCGCAUUAAAUUUUUUGAAGAUCUUCCCGCAGAGUUCAGCUUUUUAUCUUCAUUAUACAGUUUGUUUUACAGCGUCAAGUUCUCAUAGACCUGUCAGGUUGUGUGUUGGUCGGACAACGUGCAGAAAGUAUUUGAAACAUUCUGAGAUCAUUUGGACCUGGAGUUUGUCCUGCAGAUUACCUUCCUCAGCUGCACCUGAGCUGUUAAUCUGUUGAACUGUAAGGCAGAGUGCUACUGAUAAAUAUUAACAAAACAUUAAUGGAUCUUUGCUAAAGAAAAAUGUUCCCCCAUUUAUAGCUCUUAAAAUUUAUUUGCUAGUAUAUCGUCACAAAAAUGCACUAUGGAUCAGGCAGGGUGAUUACAUUUUUUUGUGUGUGUUUAUGUGCUUUUUCAAGAGAAGUGUAAAACUGUAUUUGCUUUUUUAUGAAGAAUAUCCCAAGUGUGAAUUUCAUUGUGAUUCAUGUAACACUCAUCAGUUUCACUCACUAUAAUAAAUACAUGGAUACAUUUUCUCAA